UCUCUUUGUAUUGUUAUAAAUAUCUAACUUUUAUUGAUACGUAUUUAUUGAUCGGCAAAUUCAUAUCAUUUACCGAUAAUCAUCUUUAGUAUAUCCUACAUAGCAUUAGAAGUACAUAUUUUACAAGUGGUCAACAAAUAAAAAUUCUCAAAAACAAACAUUAAAUUGUAAAUUAUGACAGAAAAAUUAAGCAAAACCUUUUUAAAAAAGAAAUCCAAAAUAGUCCUGACAAAAGAGCAACUCUUACAAUUGGAUAAAAAUGAAUUAAUUGAUAAAAUAAUAUCACUAGACGCCCAAAAUACACAAUUAAAGAAUAUUAUCAAUAAAACAACCGGCACUUCGAAAGUGGUACCUACGAAUGUAAAAAAGAGAGAAUUCGACUUUUCAAGGUGUUACUAUCGUAAGAUUCUCCUGCAAAUAUCUUACUUCGGCUGGGAUUAUCAAGGUUAUGUUGUCCAAGAUGACUCAACUAACACCGUUGAACACCAUCUUUUUCAAGCAUUAAUCAAAGCUUGUCUGAUCGAAUCGAGGGAGAAAUCAAAUUAUAAUAGAUGCGGACGUACAGACAGAGGCGUCAGUUCAUAUGGACAGGUUAUAUCAAUAACAGUCCGCAGCAGGCAUCCACCAUCCGAUCAAAAUCAUCCCAGCGCCUUAACCAUUGAGCUAUCAUAUUGUAAGAUGUUGAACCGGUUGCUGCCGAAGCACAUCAGGGCUAUAACCUGGUUGCCUCUCCCCGAAGACAAGCUUGAGUUAAACGCAAGAUUCGAUUGCAAACAACGCCAAUAUAAAUAUUAUUUCCCGAAAUCGUUGCUGGACUUGAAAGCGAUGAACGUAGCGUGCGGCAAAUUGAUCGGCGUGCACGAUUUCCGCAAUUUUUGCAAAAUGGACGUCGGCAAUGGCGUCACGGUCCACAUGCGUGAAAUAUUUUCUGCGUCUGUUGUGCCGUUUAAUGAAAAGGAUACCGAUGAACGAACAUCGAUGUACGUUUGCGUGAUAGAGGGCAAUGCUUUCCUCUGGCAUCAAAUAAGAUGCAUUAUGGGUGUCUUAUUGUUAGUGGGGCGAGGUCAAGAAUCGCCUGACAUCAUACAGUAUCUCCUAGACGUUGACGGUAAUCCACGAAAACCUCAAUACAAUAUCGCUCUGGACACUCCUCUGAACUUCAAUAAGUGCACGUAUGACAUCGAGGACCUCUGGGUUUAUGAUGAGCACGAUAUAAAGAACAUUAUUAUAAACGCUCAGAAACUUUGGACGGAAUACAGCGUGAAAACAACAGUUAUAAGGGAUUUUAUUCGAAACUUAGAGGGUGUGUAUGAAAAAGUCGUGGAGAGACCGAUCGACGACUCGAUAAACGUGAAGGACAAUAAAGUCGUUUCCGCGUACACAGACGGUCUCCUCCAAGGGUCUAAAUCUAAGGUAUACAAGCCCUUGAUGAAAAGGCAACUGUGCUCAAGUAUCGAAAAUAGAAUCGAUCAUUACGCGAAGAAGCAAAAAUUAGCUCCAGUCGAAGAUAUAGAUGUUGAAAUGAAGACUUAAAUGGAUAUUUAUCACCUUUUUGUAUAUAUGGCGAAGCG